AUGAAGCUCGUCGGCUUGAUCUUGUGUUAUAUUGGAAUCCUCGAGAAAGUUCGAGCAACAUCAGGGAAUAAUAAUGACGGUGUUCCUCAGUUAAGUAAGGAUAGCUCUGUUUUAUCAAUUAACUCUCAAAAAAAAUUCGUGGUAAUUUCUCAAUCUGAGUUACUUAAGAAUAACUCAUUACAAGCGCCAUCGGAAAGUUCAGAUGGAAGUUGGGAACUUAAUAGUGUCCAACCAAAGAAAGGAUUUUUUAGUGAGAGAUAUACGAUUCAUCACAAGGAAUUAAAGGCACAAUUCCGUAAAGAUUACCCGUUUGCAGCUUUGGUAGAUACAUUUUUUGGUACCGAAGCGGGUGGCCAUAUGUUUCCUGGCACAACGUUACCAUUUUCCAUGGUUAAAAUGGGCGUUGAUGUCGUUGAUACUAUUAAUACUGACGCUCAUGCUGGUUACCUAACGAAUGGAGAUGUUGUCGGAAUUUCGUUACUUCAUGAAUCUGGAACUGGUGGUACACCAACUUAUGGGGUUGUGGCACAAUUACCAAUGAUGGUUCGUGAUGUAGGAGCCGUUGAUAUUACAAAACAACUAGGUUUCGAAAGAAGUAGCCCCGAUAGUGGUCAUAUUGGUUAUUAUAAAGUCCGGUUAAAUAAUAGCGUUAUCGUCGAAUUUUCCUCUGCAGAUCGCUCCGGAAUAUAUCAAUAUAGAUUUCCAGCAGAAGAGUCAUUACGUCCAGUCGUAAUGGUUAAUGUUACACAUCAUCUUCACAGUUUUGGCAAACCUUGGUGGACACAGAAUUUUGAAAAAGGAUAUAUCCAAGUAAGUAAAGAUUUAAAAUCUUAUACUGGUAAAGUUAUCAUAUCAGGUGGCUGGUCAGAUCCUGCUGCCUGGGCAGUCAGUUUUUAUGGUAUAUUUGAUAAGCCUGCUAGAUCUAUAAGAGCAUUCCAAGGAGGAAAGUCUGUCAAUGGAUUAAAAAUAAACUUUGUGAAUGAUCAGAAUAGGAAUUUUGGAGUUCUUUUCGAAUUUGAUGAGUCGGUAAAGGUUCUCAAGUCUCAUGUUGGCGUCAGCUUCAACAAAGAUAGUGGGAUUGAAGAUGCAAAAAGAAACAUAGCGAUAGAUUACCCAGAAGAACAUAAGUUUGAUUUGGACUGGUCAAUUGAAAAUGCAUUAGAUCGUUGGAAUGACGACGUUUUUAAUAAAGUUGAGUUAGUUGUUGAUCAAGAAGAUCCAGUCGUUGUAGAAAAGUUACUCACAUCACUAUACGGCGUACAUAUGAUGCCAACCGAUAAAUCAGGGUCAGAAGCACCUUGGGACACAUCUGAACCUUAUUAUGAUGACUGGUUCACAAUUUGGGAUACAUUUAGAUGCUUACAUCCCUUAUUUAAUUUUUUCAACCAGGACAGAAGUGCUGAAAUGGUUAGAAGUUUGAUUGAAAUUUGGCGGCAGGAAGGAUUUAUGCCAGAUGGAAGGUCUGCAAGUAGGUCCGGAAGGACUCAAGGUGGUAGUAAUUCGGAUAUUGUGCUUGCUGAUGCAUUUUUGAAGAAUAUCACCCACGGAAUUGACUGGGAAGACGGUUUUAAAGCUAUGCAAACAAAUGCAGAGGUUGUACCACCAUAUAUCAUGGAUUCUAGAGCAAUUGAUUCUACAAAUAAAUAUGGCCGUGGUGCAUUAAGUGACUGGUUAAAGUAUGGUUAUGUUAGUAAGAGAUUUUCAAGAUCUGUGACGAGAACAAUGGAAUACGCGUACGAUGACUUUGCCCUCUACCAAGUUGCUAAAGGGUUAGGGAAGAAUGAAGAGGCUAAAAGGUAUUUGGAGAGAUCCAAAAAUUGGCAAAAUCUAUGGAACCCUCAUGCUUUCACAGUAAGGUAUAGUUAUACCGGUUUUAUUCAGCCCAAAGAUCAAGAGGGUAAUUUCGUAAAUGAGAAGUAUGAUCCGUUAUCGUGUUAUGGUUGUUAUUGGGAAGAUGACACAUACGAGGGUAAACCUGUUGAGUAUACAUGGAAUGUGCCAUUUGACAUGGAACAAUUAAAGUCAUUUAUUGGUUCGGAUGAUGUGUUCCAACAGAGGUUGGAUCACAUGUUUGGUCUUUAUGGCGACAGUCUUGCAGAUAUCGGUAAUGAACCCAGCAUGCUAACACCUUACUUAUACAAUUUCAUCAAUCGCCAAGACAGAACCGCUGAAACAGUCACCUACUUAAUUGAUACGUACUUCAAAACAGGUCCGAAGGGUCUACCAGGAAAUGCUGAUGGUGGUGCAUUGCAAGCAUGGUUAUUCUUUGGUUUAAUUGGUUUCUAUCCAAUAGCAGGAACUGACAUUUACCUACUUUCAAGUCCUAAGGUAUCAUAUGUAAAGUUUAAGAACUUGCCAAACUUAGGAGAGGUUGAGAUCAUUGCCCACAACCUAUACCCAAGUGGGAAGAAAGAUGCCUCAUCAAGAAACAUCUAUAUUAAAUCAGUGACAGUGAACGGUUAUCGACUGACACGGAAUUGGCUCUUCCAUGAAGAGUUGUUCAGUGAAAAUGGAUCGUCUGUAGAAUUUGAAAUGACUGACAAGCCAGUCCACUGGGACGAAAAUGGACAUGUUCCACUAAGCUUAGGCCAUGAAGGGUGA